UCCAUUUUUGCUACAUUUUUUUCUUUGAUUAAAAACAUUUUUACUAUUUUUCGUUUUUUGCUAUUUCCUUGUUACUUAGAAGAAAAAAAAAUGAGAGGUAGAGGAGCAAAGUUCGCCGGCGUAUUGCCGUUGUUUAUGCUAUUCAUCGCCGGAACAAUCUCCGCCUUUGAUGACAUCGAGAGGUUAAGGAUUUGGCCGUUACCGGCACAAGUUAGCCACGGUGGCCGGAGAAUGUAUCUAAGUGGAGAUUUCAAGCUUGUUACGGAGGGAACCAAAUAUGGAGACACCUCAGGCAUUUUGAAAGAAGGAUUUGAUAGAAUGCUUAGUAUUGUGAGGCUGAGCCACGUCAUCUCCGGUGACCGGAAUUCUUCAGGCUCCGGUGGAUCUGCUUUGCUUCAGGGACUCCACGUCAUCAUCUCUUCCUCCACCGAUGAGUUGGAAUAUGGAGCAGACGAGUCGUACAAAUUAGUGGUUCCAUCUCCAGAGAAGCCGUCUUAUGCACAACUUGAGGCAAAGAGCGUUUACGGUGCGUUGCAUGGUCUACAGACAUUUAGCCAGUUAUGCCAUUUUAAUUUGAAGAAAAAGGUUAUAGAGAUUCUAAUGACUCCAUGGAGUAUCACAGACCAGCCUAGAUUCUCUUACCGUGGCCUUUUAAUCGAUACAUCCCGACAUUAUUUGCCACUUCCUGUUAUAAAGAACGUGAUUGAUUCCAUGACAUAUGCCAAACUUAAUGUGUUACAUUGGCACAUUGUGGAUACACAAUCAUUUCCUUUAGAGAUACCUUCUUAUCCAAAGCUAUGGAAUGGCGCUUACUCUUCCUCUCAGCGAUACACCUUCGAAGACGCUGCUGAAAUUGUCAAUUAUGCUCAGCGACGAGGGAUCCAUGUCUUGGCUGAGAUUGAUGUUCCAGGACAUGCUCUCUCAUGGGGAAAAGGAUAUCCUGCCUUGUGGCCCUCCAAGAAUUGUCAAGAACCACUUGACGUGAGCAGUGACUUUACAUUCAAGGUCAUUGAUGGCAUUCUUUCUGAUUUCAGCAAGAUCUUUAAGUUUAAGUUUGUCCACUUGGGAGGUGACGAAGUAAAUACAACUUGUUGGUCUGCAACGCCGCGAAUAGCCCAAUGGCUUAAAAAACAUCGGAUGAGUGAAGCAGAAGCCUAUCAAUAUUUCGUGUUGCGGGCGCAAAAAAUCGCUUUGUCUCACGGAUAUGAAAUUAUCAACUGGGAAGAAACCUUCAUCAAUUUUGGAAGCAAAUUAAACUCGAAAACCGUGGUUCACAACUGGCUUAAUACAGGACUUGUUGAGAAUGUGACGGCGUCCGGUUUAAGAUGUAUAGUUAGUAACCAAGAAUAUUGGUAUUUGGAUCAUAUAGACGCACCUUGGCAAGGCUUUUACGCAAACGAGCCACUUCAAAACAUAACGGAUAAAAAGCAACAAAGUCUAGUACUUGGUGGUGAGGUUUGUAUGUGGGGUGAACAUAUUGAUGCUUCUGACAUUGAACAAACCAUUUGGCCUCGUGCUGCCGCAGCUGCAGAGCGGUUGUGGACACCCUAUGCAAAGUUGGCUAAAAAUCCCAACAAGGUAACGACGAGGUUGGCUCACUUCAGAUGCCUAUUAAAUCGACGAGGUGUUGCAGCUGCACCUUUGGUUGGUGGCGGACGAGUCGUGCCUUUGGAACCAGGUUCUUGUCUCGCUCAGUGAUUCGAAAAGAUUAGCAUUUUAGAAUAUAUUACAGUCAGCAACACCUUGGUCAAUUCAGGUUAAUAUGAAUCCCUACAAUUAUGGGAUACUUUGAGUUUGUUUUCUUGGUUGAUUUCAGUGGUAGAAUUAUUUGUUCCUAUAUGGAAGUAAUUGUUGCAACAUUCAUGUUAAAGGCCGUACCAAUUUCUGGCUUGAAUAAGAAUACAUAGCUUGCACUUAA